AGUAAUAACCAGUGGAUGCUUAAAGAAAUAGGCGUGAAGUUAAUUUGUAAACGACACAAGUGUCAGAGUAUAAAAAGCCUUUGUCUGACUAGAACACAAAUUUUUCAAACAGUUGCAAAGUCAAUACUAGUUGCACAACAGCUAAACCCGUUAAGCAAGAAUAUGAUGAUCUUAUAUAAAUUGUUACUUUUCUUUUGUUUGCUAAGUAUGGCUGUUACGGUUCCCAUUAUAUCGGCUGGCAUUACUUUUGGUUCACCCAUCUAUCGUCCCAUUGGUACUCCAAUAUAUUACGAAAGACCUUAUACUUAUUAUCAUGAUAAUUACUAUUACAAUGGACACUCCACGUAUCCCUAUGAUUAUUCCCCAAAUUAUGAAUAUGUUGGUGGUGGUAUAGGUGGAUUCCAUGGUUCUAUUGAUUAUUCUCCUUAUAUAUUUUAAUCAUUUGAUAUUGUAAAUUUGUGCUUACUUAGUGAGAGAGAAUAUUUUAAAUUGCAAUAAAGACUGAUAGAGAUAAAAAGUGAAA